UCUAGCAAUGGAUCCUGCUAUUGCACGUCGGCGGCUAAUUGCAAAGGCCGUGGUCCUUGUAGCAGUUAUGUCAGCCUGGUUGGAUGCAUGGUUGAGGCACCGACUGCAUGCUAGGAGGUCUAUCACUUAUGGCCCAAUGCACCAAAGAGACCAAGAGAGACAAAACAACCUGAGAUUCAUUUAUGAAUCCACUGAUGUUGAGUGUGUUGACUUACUUAGGAUGAGAAGGGCCCCUUUUAUGCAGUUGUGUGACCUUUUUCGCACUAGGCAGCUAUUGAGAGAUAGCAUUCAUAGCUCAGUAGAGGAGCAGGUUGCCAUGUUUUUACAUGUGGUAGGUCAUAAUCAAAGGUUUAGAGUUGUACACAUGACCUUUCGAAGGUCUAUUGAGACCAUCAGCAGAUACUUCAGGGAAGUGUUGUAUGCUGUUGGUGAACUGAGAAAUGAAAUGAUCUUGCCACCUUCAACUGCUACACCAACCAAAAUUAGAGAUAGCCACAGAUGGUACCCCUAUUUCAAGGACUGUAUUGGUGCCAUUGAUGGCACUCAUGUGCUAGCAAGAGUUCCUAGAAAUCAGAGAGUUGCCUUCCUUGGCAGGAAACACACCACAACACAGAACAUCUUAGCUGCUGUAGACUUUGAUCUAAGGUUUACAUAUGUUCUUGCUGGCUGGGAGGGAUCAGCACAUGAUGCCCUUAUCCUUGCUGAUGCCCUUGAGAGAGAAGAUGGUCUAAAAGUGCCCCAAGGUAAAUUUUACCUUGUGGAUGCUGGUUAUGCUGUCAGGCCUGGGUUUUUACCCCCUUAUCGUGCCACACGGUACCACUUGAGCGAAUAUGGGGGGAGGAAUCCACAGAACCCAAAAGAGCUCUUCAACCUUAGACAUUCAUCACUAAGGGUGACAAUAGAGAGGGCCUUUGGUGCUUUGAAGAACAGAUUCAAAAUAUUAUACAACAAACCUUUCCAUCCAUACAAGACACAAGUAAAGCUAGUUCUAGCCUGUUGUAUCCUCCACAACUGGAUUCUUCGUCAUGGGAAUGAUGAACAUAUUCCACUAGAAGACACAUGGGCUGCAAAUCAAGUUCAUGAGGGAGCUCCCCUUGACCCUGUCAUGGACAAUGCUGCCUGGUCUGCUACCAGGGACAAUUGGGCUCAACAGAUGUGGCAAAAUAGGGGAUAG